AUGACUCAACCAUCCACCAUCAAGCAGACGUUCCUCUCCCAGCCAAACCAGCUCGGCGUCGUUGCUGUCGGCUUUAAUGGCGGCCAGUGCAAGCUCGGUGUCGAAGCGGCCCCGAUGGCCCUGAUCGAAGCCGGUCUCCUUACCCAGCUCAAGGAAGACCUCGACUACGAUAUCGACUACGACAACACAGUGCACUACUACGAGAAUGAGAUCCCCGCCGAGGACCCCUCUCACCGGGGUAUGCUGAAGCCUCGCGCUGUGUCCGCCGUUACGGAGACCCUCAGCAGACAGACAUACGAGCACUCGCGCGAGGGCAAGUUCACACUCACGCUCGGCGGCGACCACUCGAUUGCGAUAGGAAGUAUCUCUGGUAUUGCGAGGGCCACGCGGGAGCGACUGGGUCGUGAGAUCGGUGUCAUUUGGGUCGAUGCGCAUGCGGACAUCAACAUCCCCGAGAUGAGCCCUAGCGGUAAUAUCCAUGGUAUGCCGAUGGCGUUUUUGACCGGGCUGGCGAAGGAGGAAAAGAAGGAUAUCUUUGGUUGGUUGCAGGAGAACCAUCUGGUGAACCUGCGGAAGCUGGUUUAUAUCGGAUUGAGAGAUGUCGAUCGCGGCGAGAAGAAGCUACUGCGUGAGCAUGGAAUCAAGGCGUUCAGCAUGCACGAUGUUGACAGACACGGAAUCGGCCGGGUCGUCGAAAUGGCCCUCGCGCACAUCGGCAACGAUACCCCAAUCCAUCUCUCCUUUGACGUCGACGCUCUCGACCCGCAGUAUGCGCCUAGCACGGGAACCCCGGUGCGUGGGGGGCUGACUCUGCGCGAGGGAGAUUUCAUCUGCGAGUGCGUACACGAGACGGGCAACCUUAUCUCGAUGGAUCUGGUCGAGGUGAACCCCAGCCUGGACGCCGUGGGGGCUUCGGACACGAUUCGCACCGGGUGCUCGCUGGUUCGCAGCGCGUUGGGCGAUACCUUGCUGUAG